AUGGCAACCCGCUCCCGGCCAGCCUCUCGAACCCGCUCCCCAAUCGAUCAAGGGGAGCUGGGACCCCAACUUCCGGCAACCCCCUAUGUCGAAAUCGGGGAAGUCUCCCUCGAGCGAAUUACAAGCCUCCUCCUUGGCCUCCUCGGCCAAGUUGAGCACCUUGAGCGGAAAGUGGAAGAAGUCCGAGAAGCAGGGGUUGAGGCCCGUACCAACCUUGAGAACAUCUCUCAAGCCGUCGAUACUGUCAAGGAUGGGCUUAGAAGCCUCCAACUCCACGGGCCCCGGACCCCAGAGGACACAAAACCCCCGGCCGUGGAAGCAACGCCACGCCCCUUAUCAAAAGUCGACCCUGUUGGAUUGGCUAUGCCCCCGCGAGUCCCAUCUCCCCCUCCAUCUCCGCGUCUCCGAUCCCCAAUCGGGACAGCUGCCCCUCCUCCUCCGGCUCCAGUUGCCACCUAUCCCGCUCCGGUCAAGGUUGACCACCCCGACGCCUACACAGGCAAAAUAGGGAGCAAAGCAAAGCAGUGGCUGACCCGGAUGUUGGCCUGGACCCGCCUCAAUUCGCGGAUGUUCCCCACCGACCAAGAGGUACUAUCCUUCCUCUUGAUGAACAUGAAGGACACCGCUGGGGCCUGGGCCCACCCUCACCUUGACCAACUUGGUUCACAUCGGGCCAUCAUUCAAACGGUUGAAGGAUUUAAAACGGAGUUCUUGGCAGCAUUCGGCAACCCUGACGCCACAAGGGCCGCUGAGCGGAAAAUUACAACGCUUACCCAAUCCGGCACAUGCGCGGAUUACAUCACGAAGUUCAGAACCUUAGCCAUGGAACUGGACUGGAACGACGCGGCCCUCCGAGGCCAGUUUGCCCGCGGCCUUCACUGGGAAGUCAGCCGUCAGAUUGCCACCCGCGAACACCGACCCCGCACCCUCCUUGAGCUGCAAAAUGCAGCACUCGUCAUCGACAACGCUCUCCGCAAAGAGCGAGCUAGCCACCCGCCAAGGGAUAAUAAGUCUAGCAAAACACCCAACCCCGCAAGGGGGACGAGUACUGGCCAAAUUACAACCGGUUCAAAGAAACUCUCUGACGACCCCAACUUUGUGUCAGAAGAGGAACGCAAUCGCCGCCGCGCCGCUGGCGCCUGUAUCAAAUGCGGCAAAAUGGGUCACAAGUUUGCGGAAUGCCGCACGGGUUGGAAGGCUACCCCUAUCGAGGACAAGGGGAAAGCCAAGGAAACCGCCAAAAUUGGCAAAGACUCUGGAUCCCAAUCGGGAAAAGAUACCAAUAGACACGCCCCCCUUUUUACAAUUCCAAUCCAACCAGAAAAGAAAGCGGAAACAUUAGAAGUCCUGAUUGACUCAGGCGCCACAUCCUCCUUCCUCCACCCACGCACCGCCGAGGCACUACGUCUCCCUCUAAUAGACCUUCCUUCACCCCGUACCGUUACCAUGCUCGAUGGGUCAAGCCCCCAGGCAGGAAAAAUCUGGAAAAAGGCAGUACUUACCUUUACCUAUGAUGGCAAGAAGAUGACGGAGACCUUCCUCAUCUGUAAUACCGGCAGUCAUGCAGCCAUCCUAGGUUUAAAAUGGUUAGACGCCCACAAUCCGGAAAUAGACUGGAAUACGCGCACACUCUCCUUCCCACACACUCUGCCAGAACAUGUGGCCAUCGCCGAGGAGGAAGAAGCUGACCAAAACCCCUUAGAAGGAGUACCCUCCAAGUACCACCAAUAUGCCAAGGUAUUCGGAGAAGAAGAAUUCAAUAAGCUCCCUCCUCACAGGCAUUACGAUAUAGGAAUUGAACUAACAGAGGAAGGCCCCCUUAACUUGCCUCUGUAUAGUAUGACCAAUGCCGAAUCCGCCACACUCAAGGAUUGGCUCAGGGACGAGCUCAAAGCUGGGAAGAUCUGUCCCAGCAAAUCAUCUAUCAGUUCCCCCGUCAUGUUUGUCCCUAAGAAAGAUGGUUCCCGCCGCCUGGUUGUCGACUAUCGCCGCCUUAACAACCGGACAAAGAAAAACGUUUAUCCACUACCCCGUCCAGAUGACCUCAUGGCCCAGCUCCGUGGUGCCAAGGUUUUCACUAAAUUAGAUCUAAGAUGGGGUUACAACAAUGUCCGAGUUAAGGAAGGAGAUGAAUGGAAGACUGCAUUCCGCACCAAGUAUGGACUAUACAAAUCCCUAGUCAUGACCUUUGGUCUCACCAACGCUCCCGCCGCCUUUCAACACUUCAUGAACGAACUGUUCAAAGACCUAUUGGACGUAUGCGUCAUCAUAUAUCUUGAUGACAUCCUGAUCUAUUCUAAGGAUGACGCUUCCCACACACAACACGUUCAUGAGGUCCUAAAGCGGCUAAUGGAGAACCAACUGUUCUGCAAGGCGUCCAAAUGCACCUUCCACGUCACCUCUGUGGAAUACUUGGGAAUCAUUGUCUCGGAUAAGGGUUUCAGUCUGGAUAAGCUCAAGAUCCAGGCGGUACAAGAAUGGCCGACACCUACCAAAGUCAAGGAAGUUCAAUCGUUCCUGGGAUUUGCCAAUUUCCUCCGUCGCUUUGUUGCCAACUUUAGCCACAUGGCUAGGCCGCUACACAACCUAGUCAAGAAAGACACGCCUUGGAAAUGGGACACAAAGGAGCAAGAAGCAUUCCAAGGGCUAAAAAACGCCAUUACCAACGCCCCUGUACUCUGCCACGCCGACCCUACCAAGCCUUAUUUCCUUGAGACAGACGCAUCUGGCGUGGCCCUAGGAUCCAUACUCAGUCAACGCCAAGAGGACGGACGCCUGCAUCCGCUGGGAUUCCUGUCAGAAUCAUUCAAAGGUGCUGAACAGAAUUAUGACACCCACAAUAAGGAACUGCUGGCCAUUAUCCGGUCAUUUGAAUACUGGCGCAUAUUCUUGGAAGGUACCCUGCACCCCAUAACGGUUUUCACUGACCAUUGGAACCUGGAGUACUGGAAAGAGUCUAGAACCUUCAACCGUCGCCACGCACGAUGGCACCUUCUCCUUGCCGGUUACAACUUCCAGAUAGUCUAUUGCCCAGGGAAACAGUCAGGGAAACCAGACGCCCUCUCACACCGCUCGGAUCAUGCCGAUGUUCCCCCCGCCAAUCAAACAAUGCUUCCAGACCCUGUAUUUGCCAAUGUUGCCCUAGUCACACCAGAAAGGGAAUUACAACGGCAGAUUGAGUUGUCCCUGGAUCAGGACAAGUCGCUAGAAGAAAUCCUCCAAUUCCUACAGAACGAGUCCAAGGCACCGCCCUCCAUCAAACGCGCAUUCAAGGAUUAUGAGAUGGAGGCCGGUCUACUUUUCUAUCAAGGACGAAUUGUAGUCCCCGACGUCGGAACACUAAGGACAGAUCUGCUCCGCAUCUUCCAUGAUAGCCCCCUGGCAGGACACCCGGGAAGACAACGCACCCUGGAAUUGGUAUCGAGAAAUUACUACUGGCCGGGCAUCCGCAGUGACACGUAUUGGCAUGUAGACUCCUGUGAAACGUGCCAACGGAUCAGGAAGCCCAGAUACGUGCCUAUUCCACCCCAGCCUCUAGAACUACCGACCAGACCCUGGCAACAUGUUUCCUACAACAUGAUUGUAGACUUACCAAAGGACGGAAAUCACGACUCGAUCCUGGUCAUCAUUGACAGCUUCACUAAGUACGGGAUAUUUGUCAAAUGCUCCAAGAAACUAAAAGCCCCGGAACUAGCGGAAUUAUUCUUGGAGCACGUAUGGAAACGACACGGCAUGCCUGAAAAAACGGUCUUGGAUAGAGGGAGGGUGUUCAACAAUAAGUUCCUGAAGGCCCUGUACAAACGUCUGGGAAUCGAUCCCCACUUCUCCUUGGUGUAUCAUCCCCAGAGCGACGGCCAAACUGAACGGGUCAACCCGUCCAUCAAACAUUUCCUAAGGGCAUACUCUGGCAUCAACCAACGGGACUGGACAAAAUGGCUGCCCAUGGCGGAGUUUGCAUACAACAACGCCGUACAUAGCAGCACGGGCAAAACUCCUUUCAAAGCCCUGUAUGGCUGGGAACCUACCCUAACCCCAUCAAACGUACCAACGGACGUCCCGGAAGCAGACGACCUGGCCCAAACAAUGGAGACACAGUGGAGGGAGGUGGAAUCAGCACUCCGACAGUCCAAACAACGGAUGACAGCCGGAGAAGAUGGAAGCCCAACGGAAUUCGAGAUCGGAGAAGAAGCUUGGCUAGACGCCAAGAACGUUAACCUUAAAACACUGAGUCCCAAACUAACGGAACAACGUCUGGGACCAUUCAAGGUUAUCGAAAAAAUCUCUGACCGGGCUUAUCGUCUAGAGCUUCCCCCAACUAUGAGGAUCCACAACGUCUUCUAUGUGGGACUCCUAUCCAAGGUAAAAAGGGACAAAAAACGUAACUUUGAAAAUUGUCCCCCACCGGUCACCGUGGACGGAGAAGAAGAAUACAAGGUCGAGGGAAUCACUGAUGCCGAAGAAAGGGACGGAGAAUGGUUCUUCUGA